AUGACUGUGAUGACUGAGGUGCGCACGCGCCGCCCCACCUCGGAGCAAUACUGCAAUCCUGCCACGUUCCUCAGGACAGUAUGGCGGCGGACUUCUUUGUCCUUCAAGAAAAGGAAGUCCUCGGAAGAGCGGUUCGCUGGGUACAAAGGCGUCAGAGACAUCACUGUCAAAAAGGGUCCAUCUGGUCUCGGCAUUAUGAUCAUAGAAGGCCGGCACACAGAAGCCGGCCGGGGUAUCUUCGUAUCAGACCUUCAAGAAGGAAGCGCUGCUGAACAGGGUGGUUUGCAAAUUGGUGAUAUGCUGUUGGCUGUCAACAGAGACUCCUUGCUCAAUUGCAGUUACGAUGCAGCGGCAGCGAAGUUAAAGCAGACUGAAGGAGUAGUAAUCCUCACCGUGUGUACUCCGAACCUCAAGGAUGACAAAGGGGACGAGUCUCCCGCAGGAGCCACCAGUCCCGGCACCCCAGGAGCCCCGUCCCGGCCGGCGAGCAGGAACGCGGAGGGCGCGCGCCCGCAGACGCCGCGCCCUGUGCCCUCGCCUGUCAAAGCGGAGCCGCCGCCCGAUCCGGCCACCGCGCCUGUGGAGCCCAACAAGGACACUGUGAUAGAGAUCAACUCUGCUAACGAAGUUCUUGGAUUCAAACUAUUAGGAGGCAGUGAUACUCUCAUUAAUGGUGCAUCAGGAAUAAUUCUCGAUAUUUACAAAGGCGGUGUCAUAGAGAAGGACGGUAGACUGAAGGUCGGAGAUCAGAUCUUAGAUUGUAACGGCAUUGUUAUCACUAAAGAGAUGGUUCAUGAAAGACUCUGUCUUAGUAUUAAACAGAAAACUGCAAAGUUAAAAAUGACAGUACAUCGUCCUGACCCUAUAAAGUAUGAAGAAAUUGAAGUUGACCUCACGAGGAAGGCAGGCAAAGCCCUCGGCCUCACUUGCAUAGCUCCUGUUCAAGCUCCUGGAGUAUAUUUAGGAGAAUUUCUGCCAGGGUCCCCGGCAGAGCUGGACGGCCGUAUCCAGAAGGGCGACUUCCUGAUGGCGGUGGACGGGAGGGACGUGGCCGGCGCCGACCUGGUGGGCGCCGCCACCGCGCUCAAGCUGUGCGCGAACAAGGCCACCAUCAAGGUCAAGCGCUUCAAGAGUGUGAGGUAA